UCCAUUCACCCAUAGGGAUAACGCCGGACUACAUUUAUGGUAAAUGAAAGCAAAAACAUGUACAUCCCGGAGGACACCCUUGAGAACCAUCAAGGCUCCGAUUACUCUCCCCCUUCCCCCCUUCCUCGCCCUCCUCCCACCGGACUGACCAAUGAGCACAUUGGCACUGGGAGCCACAGUGACCAUGAUGGAGGAGGGGGCGGGGUCAACCACGGGGUGGGCGUGGUGGGCCUGGCACCUGAGCACAUUCCCACACCUGGGGCAGCCUUGAGCUGGCAGGCGGCCAUCGAUGCUGCGCGGCAAGCAAAGAUGAUGGGCAAUGCCGCAUCUAGCGGAGUUGUGGCGCUGGGGACAGGAGGGGGAGGGCCAAUCUCAACGGCCAGCUCUACGCAAAGAAAGAGACAACACUACAGCUCUAAGCCCAAGAAACCAACAACAACAACAGCAACACGGCCGCCACGGGCCCUGCUCUGUCUCACGCUUAAGAACCCCAUCCGCAGGGCCUGCAUCAGCAUCGUAGAGUGGAAACCAUUUGAGAUCAUCAUCCUGAUGACCAUCUUUGCCAACUGUGUGGCCUUAGCCGUCUACAUCCCCUUCCCCGAGGAUGACUCAAACGCCACCAACUCCAACCUGGAGCGUGUGGAGUAUCUGUUCCUCAUCAUCUUCACAGUGGAGGCUUUCCUGAAGGUAAUAGCCUACGGCCUGCUCUUCCACCCCAAUGCCUACCUGAGAAACGGCUGGAAUCUGCUCGACUUCAUCAUCGUUGUCGUCGGCUUAUUCAGUGCGAUCUUGGAACAGGCCACCAAGGGGGACGGUGCCACUCCUAUCGGAGGGAAAGCGGCGGGCUUCGAUGUCAAGGCUCUGAGGGCGUUCAGAGUACUCAGACCCCUCAGACUGGUCUCUGGAGUACCCAGUUUACAGGUGGUGUUGAAUUCCAUUAUCAAAGCCAUGGUUCCUCUGCUCCAUAUCGCCCUGCUGGUCCUUUUCGUCAUCAUCAUUUACGCCAUCAUCGGCCUGGAGCUCUUCAUGGGCAAGAUGCACAAGACAUGCGUUCACGAGCAUAUAGGCAACAUAGCAGAGGAGAAGCCGGCACCAUGUGCACCUGAUGGAGCUUACGGACGACACUGUAAUCGCAAUGGAACAGAAUGCAAAAUGGGUUGGGAGGGCCCAAACGACGGCAUCACCAACUUUGAUAACUUUGCCUUCGCAAUGUUGACAGUGUUCCAGUGUAUAACCAUGGAGGGCUGGACGGACGUGCUGUACUGGGUGAAUGAUGCAGUAGGGUGCAGGUGGCCCUGGGUGUAUUUUGUCACCUUGAUCAUCAUCGGAUCCUUCUUUGUGCUUAACUUGGUUCUGGGGGUUUUGAGCGGAGAGUUUUCCAAGGAGAGGGAGAAAGCAAAGGCCCGAGGUGACUUCCAGAAACUCAGAGAAAAACAGCAACUGGAGGAGGACCUCAAGGGCUAUUUAGACUGGAUUACUCAGGCUGAAGACAUUGACCCGGAGAAUGAAGAGGAGGGCAUGGAUGAUGACAAACCCAGAAACCUGAGCAUGCCAGCUAGCGAGAAUGAAUCUGUCAACACAGAUAACGCCCCAGGGGGAGACGUGGAGGGGGAGACCUGCUGUACCCGGCUGGCAAAUAGGAUCUCCAAAUCCAAGUUCAGUCGAUACUCUCGGAGGUGGAACCGGCUGUGUAGGAGAAAGUGCCGGGCUGGAGUCAAAUCCCAGGUUUUCUAUUGGCUGGUCAUCUUCCUGGUUUUCCUCAACACUCUGACCAUCGCCUCCGAACACCACCAGCAGCCUCAGUGGUUAACAGAUGUACAAGACAUAGCUAACAAGGUGUUGCUAGCUCUCUUCACCGGGGAGAUGCUCUUGAAGAUGUACAGUCUGGGUUUACAGGCGUACUUUGUGUCCCUCUUCAAUCGCUUCGACAGCUUUGUAGUGUGUGGAGGAAUUCUUGAGACCAUUCUGGUGGAAACAAAGAUCAUGUCUCCUCUUGGCAUCUCUGUGUUACGUUGUGUACGCUUGCUUCGAAUCUUCAAAAUAACCAGAUACUGGAACUCCCUGUCAAACUUGGUGGCCUCCCUGCUUAACUCCGUCCGCUCCAUCGCUUCCCUGUUGCUCCUGCUGUUCCUCUUCAUCAUCAUCUUCUCCCUCCUCGGCAUGCAGCUCUUUGGAGGGAAAUUCAACUUUGAUGAGACCCGACGCAGCACCUUUGACAACUUUCCCCAGUCUCUGCUCACUGUGUUUCAGAUCCUGACAGGAGAGGACUGGAACUCUGUCAUGUAUGACGGUAUAAUGGCUUAUGGUGGACCAUCCUUUCCUGGCAUGCUUGUCUGCAUCUACUUCAUCAUCCUCUUCAUCUGCGGAAACUAUAUCCUGCUGAAUGUCUUCUUGGCCAUCGCUGUGGACAAUCUUGCAGAUGCUGAGAGCCUGACAUCAGCGCAGAAAGAAGAGGAGGAGGAGAAGGAGAGGAAGAAACUGGCCAGGUUGGCCAGCCCAGAGAAGCGUCAUAACAACGAGAAGCCACCUCUGGAGGAGAAGAAGGAGAAGAAGAAGGAGAAGAUAGAGCUAAAGUCCAUCACUUCUGAUGGAGAGACCAACACUGCUACUAAGAUAAACAUGGAUGACUACUGUGGAGAUGAGAGUGAGGAGAAGAACCCAUAUCCUGCCAAUGACUACAUAGGAGACGAGGAUGAUGAUGAGCCAGAGAUGCCAGUGGGCCCGAGGCCGCGGCCACUCUCUGACGUUCAGCUGAAGGAGAAGGCUAUUCCCAUGCCAGAGGCCCGCGCCUUCUUUGUCUUCAGCGACACCAAUAAAUUCAGGGUCCUGUGCCAUAAGAUCGUCAACCACAACAUCUUCACCAACCUCAUCCUCUUUUUCAUCCUGCUGAGCAGCAUCAGUCUGGCAGCAGAAGACCCGGUCAAGAAUGACUCCUUCAGAAACCAGAUCCUGGGCUAUGCAGACCAUGUCUUCACUGGACUCUUCACCAUAGAGAUCAUACUUAAGAUGACAGCCUAUGGAGCAUUCCUCCAUAAAGGUUCAUUCUGUAGAAACUAUUUCAAUAUUCUGGACCUGGUGGUGGUCAGUGUGUCUCUCAUCUCCUCUGGAAUACAGUCCAGUGCAAUUAACGUGGUGAAGAUCCUGAGGGUUCUGAGAGUGCUCAGGCCGCUGAGAGCAAUCAACAGAGCCAAGGGACUAAAGCAUGUAGUGCAGUGCGUGUUUGUGGCCAUCAGGACCAUCGGCAACAUCGUCAUCGUCACCACGUUACUGCAGUUCAUGUUCGCUUGUAUCGGAGUACAGCUCUUUAAGGGCAAAUUCUUCUUCUGUACCGACAGCUCGAAACAAAACCAUGCAGAAUGCAGGGGUUCCUACAUUAUGUAUAAGGAUGGUGAUGUUGGGAAGCCUGAAAGAGCCCUGAGGGUGUGGGAGAAUAGUGACUUUAACUUCGACGACGUCCUGCAAGGCAUGAUGGCUCUCUUUGCUGUGUCUACCUUCGAGGGCUGGCCAGGAUUGCUGUACCGGGCCAUAGACUCUCACGCUGAGGAUGUCGGGCCGAUCUACAAUUACCGCGUUGUCAUCUCCAUCUUCUUCAUCAUCUACAUCAUCAUCAUCGCCUUCUUCAUGAUGAACAUCUUCGUCGGUUUUGUGAUCGUCACAUUCCAGGAGCAAGGAGAGCAGGAAUAUAAGAACUGUGAGCUUGACAAGAACCAGCGUCAGUGUGUGGAGUACGCUUUAAAGGCACGUCCAUUGCGCCGCUACAUCCCCAAGAAUCCCUACCAGUACAAAGUGUGGUAUGUGGUCAACUCCACCUACUUUGAGUACCUGAUGUUCACCCUCAUCCUCCUCAACACUAUCUGUCUGGCCAUGCAGCAUCAUGGGCAGACUAAAAAUUUCAACGAUGCCAUGAACAUCCUUAACAUGCUCUUCACUGGACUCUUCACUGUGGAGAUGAUUCUAAAACUGAUUGCCUUCAAACCCAGGGGGUACUUUAGUGAUCCCUGGAAUGUGUUUGAUUUCCUCAUCGUAAUUGGCAGCAUUAUAGACGUCAUUCUCAGUGAGAUCAACCCAGCUGACUCCUCCUCGUCCUCGUCCUCCUCUUCUUCUUCGUCCUCCUCCUCCUCCUCCUCUUCCUCCUCUCACCCCCCUGCGGUAAGGCCAAUGGUACGCGCCGACGGUAACCUCGCCCGCCUCCUUACCUCCUCCAACAUCCCUCCAUCCCUCCAUCCCAUCCCUCCUUCUGCUACGCCAGCCAUGGGACUGCAGAACUCUGAAGAGAACGCCAGGAUCUCCAUCACCUUCUUCCGGCUGUUCCGCGUGAUGAGGCUGGUGAAGCUGCUGUCUCGCGGGGAAGGGAUUCGGACCCUGCUGUGGACCUUCAUCAAAUCCUUCCAAGCUCUGCCCUACGUAGCUCUGCUUAUAGUGAUGCUUUUCUUCAUAUACGCUGUCAUCGGCAUGCAGAUGUUUGGUAAAAUAGCACUACGGGACCACACACAGAUCAACAGGAACAACAAUUUCCAGACGUUCCCUCAGGCAGUGCUGCUGCUCUUCAGAUGUGCAACAGGUGAGGCAUGGCAGGAGAUCAUGCUGGCAUGCUCGCCAAAUCGACCCUGUGAGAAAGGAUCCACCAACGAAAGCAACUCGGCCAAUGAGGACUGUGGCAGCCAGUUUGCCAUCAUUUACUUUGUCAGCUUCUACAUGCUGUGUGCCUUUCUGAUCAUCAACCUGUUUGUGGCUGUCAUCAUGGACAACUUUGACUACCUGACACGUGAUUGGUCAAUUCUGGGGCCGCAUCAUCUUGAUGAAUUCAAGAGGAUCUGGGCUGAAUAUGACCCUGAAGCUAAAGGGAGGAUAAAGCACCUUGAUGUGGUGACUCUGCUGAGGAGAAUCCAGCCACCCCUCGGCUUUGGAAAGCUCUGUCCACACAGGGUUGCCUGCAAGCGCCUGGUGUCGAUGAACAUGCCUCUGAACAGCGAUGGAACAGUGAUGUUCAAUGCCACACUGUUUGCUCUGGUCAGAACCGCGCUCAGGAUUAAGACAGACGGUAACCUGGAGCAGGCCAAUGAGGAACUGAGGGCAAUAGUGAAGAAGAUCUGGAAGAGAACCAGCAUGAAGCUCUUGGAUCAAGUAGUGCCCCCUGCUGGUGAUGAUGAGGUGACAGUCGGAAAGUUCUACGCUACCUUCCUCAUCCAGGAAUAUUUCCGCAAGUUUAAGAAGAGGAAAGAACAAGGACUGGUGGCCAAGGUGGCCCCAAAAACUGCCCUCUCUCUGCAGGCGGGCCUGCGGACAUUGCAUGACAUAGGUCCAGAGAUCCGGAGGGCCAUCUCUGGAGACCUGACCGUGGAGGAGGAGAUGGACAAAGGCCUGAAGGAGCCUGUGUCGGCUGCUUCUGAGGACGAUAUCUUCAGGCGUACAGGCGGUUUGUUCAGCAACCAUGUCAACUACUACAACCAGAGCGAUGGCCGUGCAUCAUUCCCUCAGUCCUUCACUACCCAGCGUCCCUUGCACAUCAGCCAGAAGGGCUCCCCUUGCGAAGGCGAGAGCCCGUCCCAUGAGAAGCUCAUGGACUCGACCACUUUCACCCCCUCCUCCUACUCCUCAUCCGGCUCCAAUGCCAACAUAAACAAUGCAAACAAUACCGGCAUGGCCGGAGUUGUGGCGCAGGGAAUCAGUCGAUUCCCGAGCCCGUCCAUUAGCACUGUGGACGGACACACAGGACAACCGCUCACCCCCAUCCUGCUGCCAAGAUCUGCGUGGUGCUUUCCUCCAAAGAGCUCUGACUCAAGUGACAGCCAUCUACCAAUCAUCCAAAGAGGUGAAGGUUCAACGGAGGAGACGUAUGAUGAGACCUACGGCGACAACAGGGAGUACCAUGGGGAUGACCACUCACUCUCCUCUGACAUGCUUGUGUAUCAUGAUGAACAAUGUAAGCAGUUGACUCCCAUGGAGGGAGGAGAGGAGGUAGAAGACAGAAGAGGAGGAGGAGGAGGAGGGUGGCAGUCUCCUAGGAGAGUCUUCCUCUGCCCCACUUCUCUCGGACGGAGAUCAUCCUUCCAUCUGGAGUGUCUCAGGAGACAGUCAAGGUCAGACGUCUCCCAGAAGACGGCUGUGCCUCUACACCUAGUACAUCAUCAGGCACUGGCAGUCGCAGGACUGAGUCCUCUACUAAGAAGGAGUCACUCACCUACCCUCUUUAGUCGGCUAUGCUCCACGCCUCCAGCCAGUCCCACGGCCCAGGGCAGUGAUGCAUCCUACCAGCGGGUGCCCUCUCUGAGGCUAGAGGGCUCCAACUCCCAUGAAAAGCUCAAUACCAGCUUGCCCUCCGUCAACUGUGGGCCCUGGUAUAGCGACAGUAAUGGAAACAGUCGGGUGCCCAGUCCUAGCCCGAGCGUGUCAGUGCCCAAUCAAAGACCACCCCGACCGGUGUCGCUCACAGUGCCCUCACUACUGGUGAAAGACUCCAGCUCACUGUGUCAUGGCAGCGCAGGCAGUCUGGUGGAGGCGGUGUUAAUAUCAGAAGGUUUAGGUCACUUUGCCCAGGAUCCAUCCUUCAUUGAGGCAACCAAAGCCGAGUUGGCUGAUGUCUGUGACAUGACCAUCGAGGAGAUGGAGCAUGCAGCCAACAACAUACUCAAUGGCAAUACAGCCACAACUGCCGCAUCUAGCUCCUCCUCCACCUCCCAGCACAGCCCCAACGGCAACCUACUCCCCUUCCAAACAGCAGCAGCAGCUACUCACAGAGAACGAGCGGCUGGUGAGGGCAGUGGAGAGGCAGCAGGAAGCAGAGGCUCCGUUCACGGGCCGUCCUCAGUGGAGGAGCGGCAGGAGCUACUAGCAGGGGCGAGGGGACAAGAAGAGGAGGAGGAGGAGGAGGAGGAGGAGGAGGAGGAGGAGGAGGAGGGGGCAGAAGGGACGGAGGAAGGGCACCACAGAGGCUCAGUUGUGAUUGGAGGAGCACAGCAGAGGAACAGCGGGCUUUUGGAGGACGAGGAUAUGGAGUGUGUGACUAGUUUGUAGGAGUCGUCUUGACGGGUUCAAUUGGCCGACUGGCCCCUCUGACAUCAUCAGAGACUGACGCCUGUCAGUGCUGGGUGACAACGCCACAGCUGGCUCUGUCUGUCCCCGUCCCUCACACACACAUACACUGUCUGCCUCUCUGCCAGACGUGACAGCUCUGGACAAUGGCGGCCAGUAACGCAACCUUAAACACCUGGUUAUGACUUUUGUUAGUUUAUAUGAGUUUGUACGUGUGUGUGUGUUUGUAGUAAAGUGAGCCACUCUAUACUCUA